AUGGCUUCCAGGCCUCUUAUUUGUCAGGAUUACGGCAAUGCCUAUGAGACUACCUAUCCUGAAUAUGAUAGUGAAACAGAGCUGGAGCCCAGGAUACCACCACUUGCUGUUCCUCAACCCCCAGAUUAUGGAGACCCUUACAAUCCUUACCCACAAGGAUGUGCCAGGGAGUGCUACUGCCCUUCCUCCUUCCCCCUUGCCAUGUACUGUGACCAUCGCAAACUUAAAGCCAUCCCCGACAUUCCCAGACAUAUCCGUCACCUAUACAUCCAGUUCAACGAAAUCGAGGCCAUCACGGCGGAGCCCUUCGUCAACGCGACGUCCCUCAAGGAAAUCAACCUCAGCCACAACAGCCUGAAGUCCUCCCUCGUGGAGCGAAACGCGUUCACCAACCUGAAGGAUCUCCUCCAGCUUUACUUGGACCACAACAACCUGGAAGAGGUUCCCGCCUCUUUGCCCAAAACUCUGCAGAGGCUCUCGCUUGGCUUCAACAGGAUCUCCAAAUUAUCGGUGGACGCCAUGCAGGGCCUGGCUAGCCUUACGGUGCUGGAUCUCUGUAACAACAGGCUCACCGACGGCGGCGUGAGAGGAAAGACCCUGUCUGGCAUGAAGGCACUGAUGCAAGUUAACAUGUGCAACAACAAGCUGAAGUCCAUGCCGUCAGACCUACCAGCAUCUGUGCUACAGCUGUCACUGGAGAACAACUCUAUCGCUUCCAUCCCCGACAGCUACUUUAAAAAAACGCCCAACCUCUUGUCUCUGAGGGUGUCGCACAACAAGCUGAAGGCCGUCCCCUACACAGUGUUCAACCUGUCGAGACUGAUGGAGCUGAACCUGGGUCACAACCAGCUGUCCAAGGCCUUCUUUAUCCCAAGAGCCCUGGAACACCUGUACCUCAAUCACAACGAAUUCCUGGAUCUGAAUGUAACACUAAUGUGUCCCUCACUGGACCAAAGCAAACCCAAUCUACUGACCUACAUCCGCAUUGACAACAACAGGCUGAGCGGCCCAAUCGACUACUUUGCCUACAGAUGCUUCCCUCGGAUCCGGAUCAUCUUCUACGGGGAACAGAAACUCGAAAAAAAGAAAACACUGCCCCCAACGAAAAAACCUCGGCUGAUGGGAGAUGCACCAAGCAAUGACGGAGAUGGAGCUGUUUAUGAAUAA